AUGAACCAGCCCCUAGGCCCGGGGCCCCACAGCUUGUGGGCGCAAGUAUGUCAGCUCGAUACAGAAAGCAUGCAUCAAAUUAGGAUCAUGUACGAUUCAAGAUUUUUCCCUAUCGAGUUCCGUCACUACUUCGCCGAUUUGAUCGAGAUGCAACAAUGGGACGGGAUCAACCCAGACCAUCCCGACCAAGCCGAAAAUGCCCAAAUCAUGCUUCAGGAAUGGCUGAAAACAAUUCAACACCAGAUUGCAAAUAUUCAACCUUCAGAUUUUCUCACACGCUUCAAAUUGAUUGAGAUCAUGAAUACUAUUCAAAAUGAAUACGCGGCAAGACCUUUGGAGCUUGUGCGACGACGAAAAGAGGUGCUAGCGAAUGAAAAACAAGUCGUCGCCCGUGCCCAUGAAAGUUCUAGCGUCGAGGCGAGAGGACCUCUACAAAUGGAAGACGAAACCAUUCGUGCGAUUCUACAGGAUCUUUACAACUGCACGCAAAAGACUGAAGAGUGCUUACGAGAAGCGCAAUCAGCACAGGAGUAUUUCGUGAUAAGAUAUCAAGAGCAGUUGAGAUACGAGCACGAGGUCCGUCGAUUAAGCCAGGAACCAGAGCACCAAGAACGUUGCCGUCAGUUUAUGAAGGAAAAAGAAAAAUACGACCAGGAGUUGAAUGCAAGAGCGCAAAAUAUCCUGCUACAUCAACUCGUUCUGGAGAAGAAACUGAUGGGUUGGAAGCAAAAUCAAGUUUUGCUUUUCAACGGAGGCCAGAAUGAUGACACGGCGUUGAAAAAUAUUCAAGAGUACUGUGAAAAACUAGCCGAGAUUUUAUGGAGCAACAGACAGCAGAUUAAACGCUGCGAGCUACAAAAGACCCAACUGCCAAUAAGUAGUCCGGACGCGUCAGCCCAAGAGCCCGAACUGCCUAGAUUCAAUGCACAACUGACAGCACAACUUUCAUCCCUAGUAACUUCAAGCUUCGUCAUCGAACGACAACCACCACAAGUUCUAAAGACACAAACUCGCUUCGGUGCUCAAGUUCGUCUGUUGAUUGGGAACAAACUAUCAAUCCACGUGAACCCUCCGCAAGUCCGAGCGAUCAUCGUAUCAGAAGCCCAAGCAAGAGAGAUUCUUAUUGCUGAAGAUAGUGCCCAUCAUUUGGAAGGGAAUGGCAUUUUGAACACAAAAAUGUACGAGUCCUAUGCAACAGGAGAGAUUCUCAACAGUGUCUCGACGAUGGAGUAUAAUUCCACUUCCGGAAUUCUCAGCGCCAACUUCCGCAACAUGUCUCUCCGACGUAUCCGCCGCCCAGACAAAAAGGGCUCUGAUACAGUUACGGAAGAGAAGUUCACUAUCCUCUUUCUGGCGGAAUUCCAUGUUGGAACGAAAGAACUGGUGUUUUAUGUUCGCGCUCUUUCUCUGCCCAUCGUUGUCAUUGUUCACGGAAAUCAAGAAACAAAUGCAUCAGCGUCAAUUUUGUGGGAUAAUGCAUUCUCGGAGCCACAGAGAAUUCCUUUUGCUGUACCAGAAGCUGUAGAGUGGCAUCGACUCCGAGACUGUCUAAAUAUGAAAUGGAAAGCAGAGACCUGCUGCAGUUUUGACCUGUCGGACCGGAGCCUCGCGUACCUCGGGUUCAAACUUUUCCGUGGAAACCCAUUCAACGACAAAAGUAUCGUCACAUGGGCCAUGUUCAACAAGGAAAACCUCGUCAAUAGAACUUUCACCUUCUGGCAGUGGUUCGACUCCACACUAAAACUAAUGAAAGACCGAAAGUGCAAUAAGCACUGGCAGCAACAGGCGAUCGUUGGCUUCAUCUCAAAGCCAGAUUGCGAAAGUAUUUUGUGUCAGCAGUUAUCGGGUACUUUUAUGCUUAGAUUCUCUGAUUCCGAGCUUGGCGCACUCACGUUCGCUUUUAAUCAAGCUGGAAUUGUACAACAUCUCAAGCCUCAAACGACGAAAGACUUUUUAGUAAAAGACUUGAACGGGCAGUGCUGCGACUUUAACCAAUUCAUGUACUGCUAUAAGCAAGACGGUAAAACUGUCCCAAAAUCCGAACUCUUUCAACUAGACUCUGCAUUUGAAAAAGAUGCUCCAACUCAUGAUGGAUACGUUCCUGUCCAAAUUACUGUUUCGAUGGACGACAAAUUGACUUCUAGGUCUCCUGGUUUCGGCUCGCCAGCUUCUCCCUUGCAGCAAGGGGUGAUCACCCUAGAAACAGAAGAGUAUUUCGAGUACCAAUGGAGUCAAUUCCGCAAAGAAAACCGCGACAACAUGAACCACUUAUGGCAGGACGAUGACGACCGAAACACAUGCUGCGUGCUUAUCGAUAACGAGUACCACGAGGACAUUCAGUACUUUUACAGCUUUUGCGAAGAAAAAUUCAACUACGAGGAGUCUGACGAGACGGACUAUGCUCAGGUCGCCAAUCAAGCUCUUGAAACGUAUAAAAAAGAUAACAAGCGUGAAUUCUGCUAUCUCAAAUUCUCAAAAGGCGAAAAAGAAAUCGGCCAAGUAGAUGUCGAAUUAUUCAUCAACAUUGUUCCAAAAACUUGCGAAAACUUCAAAAAUUUAUGCACAAGCGAAGAGAGAAGCUACAAAAAUUCAAUAAUCCACAGAGUAGUUCCGAAUGGCUGGAUCCAGGGAGGAGAUAUAGAAGCGGGAAAAGGCGAUGGUGGACAUUCGAGCUACAGUGAAAAGUUCUUUGCCGAUGAAAAUUUCGCAGUCAAGCAUGAUAUCAGAGGGAUACUGGGCAUGGCGAACCAAGGACCGCACACGAACAACUCCCAGUUUUACAUGACUUUGAACUCAACUCCCUUCAUGGACAAGAAAUACGUUGCUUUCGGUCGCGUCAUUCGCGGAUCUCAAACACUCAACACGAUCGAACGGGCCGAAGCCGUCAAUGAACGACCUACGGAGCCCAUUACUGUUACUGCUUCCGGUCUUCUGUAA